CACGUAAUCCGCCAGUCACUUCCCCACGGCAAUUGAGACCCUGUGGCUGAUAUGCACUGUGCUGAAUAGCACCUCAUUAUGCUUCAUGAGAGGCUCUUUUGGUCACAUGAUUAAAGCCAUGCUCAACAAUGGCUCCCUCUCUCACCAAGCGGCAGAACUCGCUGCCCAGCGGCUUCAUAUCGGUUCGGGAAAUACUGAACCAUAAGCGUGGAGUCGGAAACUUGGUGAAUGUCAUUGGUGUUGUCAAAGACUUUAGAGCCCCGGUUCCUACCAGGAAGAGCGAUUGGAAGUGCGAGAUCAGUCUAUAUGAUGGAUCUGCUGAAGAUGCUUCAUCCAACUCCAUCACAAUCAACAUCUUCCGGCCAGAAAAUGAGAUGCCCGAUCCCAGCCUUGGUGACGUUAUAGUUCUCUACCAAGCCAAGCUGCAAUUACGCGACGAGACGCUAUCACUCAUAACGCACUGGAAUACGGAUAUUUAUCUAUAUUCGGCAAAUCAGAUUCCGCAUCCGCCAGAAGGCGCAUUGAAAGCGCUACAACCUCAGCAAAGAAAAACCACCAAUAGCCCAGGAAAACCGGUGCACGAAUAUGUUUCAUCACUCUAUCAUUCAAUCGAUAAGAGGGGUCUUCCAACUGAGGCAGAGUUCCAGGAUAUGAAGGCAAAAUCUGCCAGUCUCUCUGAGAAAUUCAAGGAGCUUAAAGAUGUCCGAGAUGGGACAUUUGUCGAUGCAAUAGUUCAACUGGUCAGACAGCCAUAUGACACCGGGGACAAAAUCACACUGUGGGUAACAGACUUCACUGAGAAUGACAGCUUCUUUCAUUUUGUAUUCAAGGGGCAUGGUGAUUCUGGUGGCCAAGCUCAUGACCCGUAUGGAUAUGGUGCCACCCUGCCAUAUGGCGCGGGCACUGGCGGAGAGUGGAAAGGGCCUUUUGGGAAGCGGAGCAUGCAGGUCACUUGCUUCGACCCCCAUACCUCGAUUAUCAGAGAACGGGGGCUCUCUACGGGCUCUUGGGUGAUGCUUCGGAAUCUUCAGAUAAAAUACGGACGCAACGCCGCCAACCUCGAGGGCUUCUUGAGAGAGGACAGAGGGUCGUCGGGGUUGAAGAUCAACGUCACGCAUAUGGACGCUACAGACAAGGAAACUAUCGACCCCCGCCUAAAGGAGGCCAUCCGCCGUAAACGUGACUAUGAACGAGAAAAAAAUGAGCUCAUUCGGGGUAUAUCAGAUGCAGCAAUAGCUGGGAUGAAGAGGAAGAGUGACAUGGCCGCCAUGGGGCUACUGCAAAUCGAGAAGCCAAAGAAGACUAAAAAGAGCAAACCAAAGCCGAAGAAGAAGUCGACAGUAAUGUCUACUGACAUGUCUACUGAAACCUCUGCUGCAGUCUCAACUGCCUAUUCAGAAGUGAAAUGUGAAAACGAAAACAAAGCCAUCAGCACCAUUGGUGAUAUUCUGGAGCCCAUAUACGUGGAAACGGAUGUUAAUGGCGAGCAUGUCAAACUACAACUCCCGUUUGUGAAUAUGAACUAUCGUGCCAACGUUCGGGUUGUCAACUUCAUGCCUCCUGACAUUGAAGACUUUGCUCAUCCAAAGAAAUCUUCAGAAUAUGCAAUGCUUUCUGACUACGAGGAGUCGGAUGCAGACUCGGACAUGGAAGAAGAGACGGUAGAUCGUUCGACAGUGCGGGAGUGGGAAUGGCGCUUCUUCUUGGAGCUGGAAGAUGCUAGCCCUCCCGGGGACAUUCAAAGUGACAAGAAAACUCUCUGGGUCGCAGUGAAUAAUUUCUCUGCGCAAUGUCUCUUGAACCUAGACGCCUCCGACCUGCGAUCGGAUCAAAAGAAUCUAGAGGCCCUUCGCCAGCGCCUAUUCCUCCUAUGGGGCGACUUGGAAGAAAAGAAGAGCCUGGAAGAGGAAAACAGACGUCAGGCAGCGCUGACAAACAGGGGGGGGAAUCGUCCCCCGUUGCACAGCUCCGAUGAUGAGAGCAGUGCGCCGCAAAAGCGAGAUACAACAUCGUCACAAGUUCGUAGCAGACCAUUUGCCUGCUGCAUUCACCAGUACGGAGUUCAAGUUCCCGAGGAAGAUCCCCUCAAGGCAGAUGCUGGCGAGGGCAAGAGGUGGCAGCGAAUGUUUGGGCUUUUUGGAACACGGAUUGCAUAUACAUGACUUGUGAGAGCUGUUGAGCCAUUGGCAAUUGGAGGAAGGAUGCGUUAAAUGUCAUCUAUCAGCGGCUGAUUAAGUGGUUUACGAUACAAAUAUAGCUCAUGGAGAUCGGUGGGCGCGGCGUUCAUGUAACUAGAAAAAUACUAUUAUUGACUUGUCGGAUAUCUUUUU